AUCCGACUUCGAUUUCUCUCGCUCCGCGAAGCUUUUGUUUCGUUCUUCAUUCCAUUUGUUGCAUUCUGUGUGGUUAGAUCGCGAAAUUCCUUUACUCUUCCAUAUCAUCAAUCGGAUGGUGUUUUUUUAGGUUAUUAGAGGUGCGAGAAAUCGGUGAAAAGUUGCAGUUUUUGCAGUGCGUUACUUUUGCGGUGAUAAAACUCGAUACUUGGCAGCUUUUCCAGUACGAAAUAAAUAAUAGUGUACUUAUAAACAAUUCCUUUUGAUUAAGGAAAAUGUUUUAUUAGUUCCAAUUAGCAAACGAACGAAACAUUUAAUUCAUAAAAUACUCGAUUAUUUCUCGGUCAAUUCGGAGAGGCAAUCAUCAUGAACACAGCUGGUCGCUUCCAGUCGGCAAAGAAUCUUCAGCCGGCUCGAUCCUUGCGCACUCCGGCUCAGAACCGUAACGGCCCGGGAAACUACGGCUUGCCCUUGGAACAGAACAAUCCAUACCAACAGAACAACAACUGGCAGCAGAACAAUCUCAGCGGUGGCCAAGGCUUUGGUGGUUAUCAUAUCAGCAAUAACAACAACAAUAACGGAUACCGAACGCCAUCGGUGGCUUCAUCUCCAUCGUCGACAAAUGGUUUCAAAGGAAACAAUGGAUUCAACAAUAACAACAACGGAAAUGGCAACGGUUUCCACGGCUCGAAAGGUCAUGGCCAACGACGUCACGAUGUGCUGCGUUCGCCAAAUACAAGCAUGGACAGCAAUUGCAGCACGGCAAGCAGUGGCAGCAGUGUCAAAGAAAUCCCAACCAUUGUCACUUUCAGUUCUACCACGUUGGCCGUCGGAACGGUUCAUGAGGUCUACAUCUCGUACGUUGAAAAUGGACCCAAACUGUUCACGGUGCAGUUGAAGGCCAAGGAAAAUUCGCUCAAUCAGAUGAUGGCAGCACUGGAACGAAUCCCGUUACGCAAUCUCACCCGCAAGCCAACGCUGGGAAUGGCCUGCAUCGCUCGUUUCUCUGAGGAUCGUGUUCUGUACCGAGCACUGAUCAUGGGCAUCAAUAUCGAUUCUUGCCUUGUGUCGUAUGUCGACUAUGGAAACACGGAGACCGUCGACUUCAAGAACCUGUACGAGAUUCCCCAGGAACUCCUCAAGCAUAAGGUUUUCUCGAUGCGUUUUACUUUGUCGAAGGUGAAGAGCCUGGAGGAUUCUAAUGCCGAUAUCGCUGGAUUGUUCUCCUCACUGGUGAUGGACAAAGUCCUCAACUUGAAGGUGAUGCCACUCGAAGGGCCAGCGUUUGUGCAGUAUUGCGAGCUGUACGACAACAAAGAGAACGUCUUUGAAAAACUGUUCAACUUAUGCAAGUCAAAACCGCUGAAAUACCCAGCGGGUAUCACACUGGAUCGUGGCAGCAGCUGUAUGAUCAUCAUUCGUUUCAUCGAAUCGUGCCGACAAUUCUACAUCCAACUACUGGAGAGCGUUGAGCGUUUCGACAAACUGAUGGACCAAUUGGCCGAGUGUUGCCGCAAGAGCUCAACGUUCAACGCGCUGAACGUUGGAGAUUGCUGCGCCGCCUGUCUGAGUGACGUUGAGUGCUAUCGAGCGGAGGUGGUCAGCGUGGCUAGCAGUAAGGUGAAGGUUCGCCUGGUCGAUUACGGUAACACCAUCACGUUGGAAAAGAAUCAGAUUAAACGGCUUCCUCCCAAGUUCGUCGACGAGCAACCGCAGGUCGUUGAAUGCUGCUUGGAAGGAUUCCAGGAAAUCAGCGACGAUAACCUUUCCACCGCCCAGCUAGAGAUGCUCGCCGAGAACGAAAGUGGUGACCGGAAGCAGUUCCGAAUGGUUGUCGCGGAUGUUUCCAACGGUGUCGCCAUAGUGACAUUGCUUGACGAAGCUGCCUCUCCCCCACUGAACAUUUCGAAACGGUUGCUCAAGUUGUACAAUCCGGCCAAGUUCAUAAAAGAGCAGCAAGCUCAACAGCUGAAAAUGAAUUCUGCCGCGGCCAGCAAACCCCAGCAAGUGUUGUAUACGCCUCCUCCAGUGGCGGUGCAUCAGGCACCGGUAACGAUCCCCCAAGCUCCCCCUCCACAUUCAAACAAUCCAUUCCAUUCCACAUCGAUCAUAUCGGAAGUUCCGAAUCUGUCGCAAACCAGCCCAUCGCGAAUGGGAGAGAGCGAAGUUAUCGAUCUGACCAACGAUGAGUGGCCUGGGGCCAACGCCCAGCCACUUGGCCAUCAUAGCUCCGGUUAUGAACAGCAACACAGCUACCAGAGCCAGAGCAACACCGGAAACAACAGAUACCGAUCAGGGGCAGAUGCUGGAGGUGGUCGUGGACCACGUGAUAGCCACAGCAGCACAAAUCGCGAUCUCAGCCAAAGCAGCGCCAGCUCUUACGGUGGCAACAACAAAAAGGAGCGCUUCCAACGACCAGACAUUCCACGGUUCACCAAAGAAAGGAACCAGACCCCGUACUACAUUGAACAUGACGAUCGGUGCGAGACCAACAAUAACUACGAGCAACAGGACAAAGGUCGUGGAGGACGAGAAAAGGCAGCUGCGGGCCAACGGAACAAUCGUUACAGCGGAAGCGAUUCCGGAUUCAAUACCCAAUCCGGAGACAGAGGCAACUUCUCACAGGAAAGCUGGAAGUCUUCCUCAACGAGCAUCGAUUGCGCAGAGGAUUACGUUCCGUAUGAUUACGCGUUGACCGAGCAGGUGAUCCCCAUGAAUACCAAAGUCGACAUCAAGCUGAGCUGGUGGGUGUCACCGGAGGAAUUCUACGUCCGCAUGAAGGACGAGGAAGUCAAGUUCGAGGACAUGAUGAAGCAAAUCCAGAAAUACUAUCGCAAUAAACCAUCCACCAGCGAUGUUCCGCCGGUAGGAUCGACUGUGAUCGCCCGCUAUCAGAAGCACAACACACUCUACCGGGCAAAGGUGAUCAAGUACAACGAAAUGCUCGGUAAAUUCAAGGUCGAGCUGGUCGACUGUGGAAUCCGGGCCAUCGUGACGGGGUCUGAACUGUGGAAACUCGAACGACGCUUUGUAAAGCUUCCACAGCUUGCCAUUCAGUGCACGUUAGCCAACAUCAAGAUCAACUGUGAACCCAAAGAGCUGCAGAAUAAAAUCGAUCGCUACAUCAGCAACGAGCAACCGAUCGGCUGCGUUUUCCUGGACAAAAGCGAAAAUAAGUACCUGUGCGACGUGGAAACACAAGGAACGGAUCUCAAGAUGGCCCUGCUGAAGGACAACCUGGUGGCGCAGAUACUGACCGAUGUCGAUCUCAACCGGUUGAAGGGUCAAACUUUGAAGCUGAAGCUGGUCGAGAUGAAAUCACUCGAUCAGUUCCGGGUGAAGCUGCAGGGCAACGAUGCGAUUCUCAACUGUCGGCACGUGGAGCACGGAGCGUACCAGGCCGUCGUCGAAGAAAUCCAAUCGAAAUGGCUCGAUCAGUACUGCUUCGGGCACAUCGAAGAUGUAUCAAGCGAUGAGAGGUUGAUACUGACGCUGCUGAUCCCACCGCUGUCCAACCAAGCGGUACCUACCAUCGUCGACAUGCCCAUCCUGCAGAGCAAGUUCACCGUCACAGUGCCGUACGUUUACGAAGUGAACUGUGUCUACGUCCAGAACACCAAGUGGGCCGAUGAAGUGGGAAAGCUGCUGGACGACAUGUUCGAUUACUACGAAAAGAGCGGAACCGUCAUCACGAAUCUGCAGAUGAACGAGCUGUGCGCUUCCAAGUCGAGCGACGGCAAUUGGUACCGGUCGAAGAUAACUUGCCUACAGGAGAUCGAUAACAUUGAGGUGUUGUUUGUGGACUACGGUAACCGGGAGAGGGUCAAACACGAGGAUCUGAAAGUUUUGGAAGCGCAGUUCCAAGAGUACAGUGCAUUCGCCCAUAAGGUUUACCUGCCGAUGGCCUGCUUGAACGAAGGCGAGGACGAUAAGCUCAAGGUGGAGAUCGCCAAUCUGACGGGGCAGUUCGAGAUGGAGCUGAAGGUGUUGGACUUCCGGAACGACAUCUGGAUCGUGGACAUUGCGCACAACGAUUACAGCAUCGUGCAAGCGUUGAAGGACAAGCAGCUGGUGAAGGAUCUGGACCAUGAGGAAAUUGUCAACCGGAAGACGGCGGUGCUGAAUGAAAGUAUGGAGAUGGGCUCGGCGGAUAAACCGGAGGAGGCCGACAAGGAGGGGGAGCAGAAGUACCAAAAGUUGGAAGGCUUUGUGAGCCAUGUGGACAACCCGAAUCAGUUGUUCAUUCAGAUGAAAGCGGAUCUGGAUGAUUUGGACCAGUUGCAAGAGAACUUACAGAUAAUUUCACAAGCCCUACCUGGAUUGAAGGACUUCUCGGUAGACAGGUACUGCAUUGCUCCUUACUCGGCGGAUGAUAUGUGGUACCGGGCGAAGAUCAUCGACAGCCACGAUGAUUUGAUUAUCCAGUUUGUAGACUAUGGCAAUACCGAUGUGAUAACUAGCAAUAAGAAACAUGAACUGAAGGACGUUAACGAUAGUCUGAUGAAGUUUAAAGUCUACGCCAAGCAGUGUUCGUUGUUGGUGGGGCCUGCUGCUGGAAAGGGAUGGAGCGAAGAGGCCAGCAGCAUUUUGCGCGAUCUAGAGUACGUAGAUGUGCAGUUUUUAGUUGAAUGCCGCGGAAUCAACUACAUCAAUCUGAAAUGUAACGAUCGGGAUCUUGCGGAGGAACUGAUUGCGAAAAAUCUAGCCGAGCGAAUGCAAUAUGUUCCGUCGGAGCAACGCUGCUUCACCAGUCAUAUUGAAUCGAUUCAGGAGUUCUACCUGCAGCUCGAACGGGACAUUAAUCCCCUGGACGUGAUGGCAGACUACAUGGCCAAGUUCGAAGAGUUCGCUUGUGUUCAAAACCCAGCCGUCGGCUCGAUCUACGUUGCCGAGUUCCCGGAUGAUAAUCUCUGGUAUCGCGCCAAGAUCCUCCAGGUCCUGGACGGUCCAUCGUUUGAGGUUUUCUUCAUUGACUAUGGAAAUACAUCGGUCGUCACCAACGUUCGAGAACUGGAGGCCUCUAUCGCUGAACUGCCUCCCCUCUGCACCAAAUGUAUCCUCAGACUGCCGGACGGUGUCAAGAGCUGGUCGGACGAAGCCGAAAUCAAGUUCAAGGAAAUCGCUGCAAUGGGUGAGACUGUCUUCACGGUUAAGCUGCACAACCCCGGACUAGCGGCCACUGUUGAACUGUUCCUCGGAGACCAGAAUAUCAAUGAUCAGCUGUUGGACCUGUGCGAGAAGGGUGCGGCCAAUGUUAUGAACUCCAGCUUCUACCUGAACGAAGAGAAAACAGUCGACAACAGCUUCCCUCAGGAGGGAUUCGUCCACGUCAGCCAUGUGAACUCACCGGCAGAUUUCUACAUUCAGUUUAAAAACUCUCAUGAUGCGCUCAAAAACAUGGAAGAACUUCUGAUGAUCAAGGCAGCUCAAAGCGAACGCCUCAUGGGGGACGACGUUUCGGAAGGAAUGCUCUGUUUGGCCUAUUCCAAAUCCUACGACAAGUUCCAUCGAGCUCAGGUCAUUUCGAAAGAAAACCACCAGUACAAGGUCCAUUUGCUGGACCACGGUUCUGAUGGGUUCUCCACCGAUCUCCGACAGAUGCCCGACGGCAGCAAAGAAAUGCCCAGCCUGGCCAAACGAUGCUGUCUCGAAACUUACUCGCCGGAAAAUGGUGAAGUGCUGAAAGUGGUCCAGAAGCGUUUCCUAGAACUGGUAGAUUCCGGCCGGACACCAUUCUCCUUCGAAAUUGUACGCAACGACGUUGAGCCGAAUAUCGUACGCCUUUUCACCGAAGACGGCCGAAAUGUGGAGGACUUGCUGGAACUGCAGGAAGGAGACAGCGAUAGCUUUGCAAUGCCAACGGUAGCGGCAGCCCUUCCUCCGCCAGCGCCUUCCGACCUAAUCAAAACGUCCCAACGCGCUAAACCGAAGCAGGCCUUCUACCGCGCGAAAAGCGACCUGGACUUUGACCAGUAAGCGAACCAAACAUUUACCAGAGAUUGUUGACCAAACAGAAAAAGUUAUUAACGAAAAAACCCAAAAAAAAACUAUUAUUUAUCGAAUUUUGUUAGCCAAUAAGUAACGAACGAUUAUGUUGCUUCACCCUGUUUUUUGAAUUGGUUGUUUUCAUUAAGUUUGUCAUCUUUUAUUUUCACACUUGAAUAGUUUUUAUUUCCGGUUUUAAUCAGCACUCAAUUUGUUAACCAUUUCUAAUUACUCACACACAUACAAAAUACACAAAAUGUAUCGAAAGACGUCCAAAUAAAAAAAAAUAAAAUAGGAACACGAACCAGCCUUAGCUUUGUGAAGCAAAAAACACUCACAAGAGGCCUUACUUAUUAAAUAUACUCUCAAACAAACACCAGUGUUAACCGAACUGAUCUUAUGAUUUCCUAGCCCCUAGCAAAUAAUGUUAGAUGUCUUCAUCGGGACUACCUGAAGAAUUAUAGAAAGAGUAAUAUGAUUUCCUCUUCCAUUAGUAAAGUAGACAAAACGAAAACUCAGACAAGCAAUACAAAGAUGGUUUUUUAUGUAAUGGAAACUAACAUGCAAUGCAUAAUACACCUUAUCUGUUAAAUAAACAGUCCUCUUAAUCGAAACAAAACAUAUUUAUUGUAUUUAAUAGUCACUAGGAGAAAUGGACUUAUUUAAAGCGAACGAGCACGAAGAGGAGUAAUAAAUUAUAUCAUGUUUUUGUAAUCAAA